AUGGCGAAGUACUGGUUUCCACAAGGUCGCAAUAACGAUAAUGGCUGGCGUCUGGAUAUCGUCUCUCUCUUGGCUGUUAUCGGAGAGUCUUCCAUCGAGUCGCAUAGUCAAGCACUCACUUCGUCCUGGACUUGCAUCCUACCAAGAAUCAUCCCGGCACCACAGGUCCUGCUCAAGCCUUCGCGACCAACACGCAUGCCAGUAACGAACGCUACUGUUGUGGGAGUUCACAAUGGGACUAGUGUACCGUCACUAAAUUACUUCCCAAACAUCAUCCACCCUCUCGACGACCUCAAACAAUUCGAAUUCAAAGUCAUCAGGAUAAAACACAAGGGACAACCCGAUGUAGGACAACAACUCCAUAUCUCGACCGAGAAACUCUCUUCCAGGAAUGAUUUCUCUACUUCUGCGAGCAUGGAUAUUGGGAUAAUGGAAAGCGGGAUGCCAAGUCCGCCAGACCGUCCGACGAUUCGAAGGACGUUUACGAGAAUGGUUACCAUGCAUGAGAAGGAUAAGCCAAGAGUUCCACCCCAAUUUUUCUCUCCGCUGAAUGUUCUAUCGGUGCUGUCGUUCGUCACAACGAUUGGCCUCAUUAUAUGGGCUGCUCUGAUAAAGGAUGGGACUGCUGUGGUUGCGCUUGGGACUAUAUCGUUGGUAUCAUCUGUUGUUGGGUAUGCAUCGUGGUGGGAGCCAAUCUUGAUGAAGAGAAACUUCAAGUCCAAGGUCCCAGCUGGCGAUGUUAUUAUCCGAACUAGAGAAGGUGCCUUCCUUCUCGUGGUUUGUGACGAAGAUGUUGCUCGCGAGCUAUACACCGGGACUGAGGAGUGUCAGUAUUAUGUUGGCACACAAACUUAUCGUUUGUUGGUAGGACUUGGUACUUUCUUACUCAUGGUCUCCGUGGUUCUUCUUGGAAAUUGUUCUUUUCCAAUGCAAGCCGCAGUCGGUACAUCAUACAUCAUACUGAAUGGUUCCUUCUGGGGCGCUUCACUCAUUCCCAAAAAGAGGUUCUGGAAUCUAUCCAACUACGAUUUCAAAGUAGUAACGCCGCCAGAUGCAGUAGAUGCGGACAAAGCCCAAGCCGAAACUCUCGAAGGACGAGCUUCGUUCACCAGAACGAUGUGGUACGCCAUCCGAGAAACUAAGAAGAUCGGUUGGGUCAAAAGAAGCGGGGCAGCUCCUUCGACGCACGAAUGGGAACUUUGGCUGAAGCUAGCGGAAGAAAACGCCGUUGCGGGCAAGAGGACGUGGAAUGCUGUUGAGAUGCGAGAGUCUAUCGUUGGUCAAGCAGAGUCUUCCAAUCCUAAGAGCCCGAUUGGGAAGGAUCUCGCUGAGCAGCAUGUCCCUGCUCAAGUUAUUGAUGCUCCGCAGGCCAGAUAG